AUCAUGCAUGCUCUACACGGGUUUCUGCUUUUUCAUCUUCUGACAUGUCUUGGACUUCACGCACUUGGGAGUGAAAUCAUAAAUGGUAAAAAGGUCCCUGAGAACUUAAUGCUGUAUAUGGCCUCGGUGCAGAACAACGAGGGACAACAUGUGUGUGGAGGAUUCCUAAUCAAUGAAGACUUUGUGCUCACUGCUGCACACUGUAAUGAUGGGAAACCUACAAGUGUCGUCCUUGGCACCCACAAUCUCAAGAAGGUUGAUAAUGACACAAUGAGAUACAGUGUGAAGACAUGCAAGCAUCCAUCUUAUGAGAAUGUCUCAAAGGGGGAUGACAUCAUGCUCCUCAAAUUGUCAAAGAAAGCUCAACUGAACAAGAGAGUACAACUGAUUAAACUUCCGAAGAAUGAGAUUAAAAUAAAGGAUAAAGCAAAGUGCCGUGUGGCUGGAUGGGGUUACACAAAGACUGGUGGUAAAAAGGUUGACGUGCUGCAAGUGGCAGAUGUGUCUAUCAUAAACCCGGAGGUCUGUAAGAAAGAAUGGCUUAAAGUUCCACCUAAAGUUGAACUUCCUGCCAAUGUUAUCUGUGCAGGUGGAUAUGGCACAAAGAAAGGAUUCUGCUGGGGAGAUUCUGGUGGUCCUCUGGUGUGCGGCGGGGAGGCAGUUGGUGUCGUGUCUUUCAACAUGAAGGGCAACUGUGACUACCCAAAUGUACCCAAUGUCUACACGAAUAUAUCAAAAUACCUUCCCUGGAUCAAAAAGAUUCUCAAGCAAAGGAACUGUUAAAUGUAACAAUUCAGCAUACUUUUACUGUAUUAUACUGGCUCCCUGGCUCCACUUCCACAUCAGGUCAACUGAUGGUGUUACUGCCUUUAAAUCUUUUUUUUGUGUUGUACAAUAAUUAUUGUUCUCUACCUACUGUUACUGUUAUUAAAUCCAUUAUGCCUUGUA